AUGGCCUUUCUAAAGAAAAAGAGUACAAGUGGUGGCCAUUCGCGAUCAGGGUCAGCAUCAUCGAUACUAAAUAAACAUGUUGAUCCUGCUAACAUAAGCGAGUUUUAUCCCUCUGUUUCAGAGCACAAAACCGCAACGGGUCUCAAGAAUGACUAUACGCUUGAUAGCAGUAGCAAGAGUUCGAGAAAAUCGUCCGGUGGCAGUACUAAUUCAUUGACUUCAGAGAAGCUUUUAUUCAAUUGGGAUGUCACUGACCCCAGUCAAUGGACGAUGCCCCGAAUAAUACAAUGGUUCAGAAGCAAUGAUUUCAAUGAACAGUGGAUAAACUUCUUCAAAAGGAACAGCAUUAGCGGGAACAAGUUCUUGAAGCUUCUCGCGUACGAUAAUUUCGCUCCUUACGAGAAGAAUUUAACACACUCGAAGACAUCCUGCUAUGAACGAUUCCAAUACUUGUUGAAAAAAACUUUGGAGGAAAAUGUCGUAAAGGGUAAUAAUAGAAAUGGUAACCGCAUAAUAAACAACUCUAGGUCUUCCAGUGAAUCGGCCAAAAUAAAUCAACGGCUUCCUAAAUCCUUCUCCACACAUAUUCGAAGUACCUCUGAAUCAGCGCUGUUAGGAAACAAGGCUGCCGAUAGCGUAGCAGAACAACAACAAAACGGAGGUGACGCUAAUGGACACAAAAAACAUAAUUCUAAUGAGCACAAUGUGCCGCUAAGGCAUACUAAGACAAACAGUGCCAGUGCGUUAUACAGAAGAAGUUUAAUCAGCUUGAGAAAUUCGUCUACGACAAAAGAACCAACGGUGAAAAAUGAUAUUAAGAUUACUAUACCCCCACGUCCAUUUUCCUCAAUUGAAAAUAAUUCGAGUAAAUCACCACCUGUUCCUGCGCCAGUUAGUCCAUCGCAUUCUGCUUACAGUGGUAUUUUUAAAAGACAGCUGAAAAGUAGCUCUUCUGAAUCUUCUCUGUUCAACGCAAUAUUUGGGCAUGCUCCUCCAGAGGAAUCCGUUGAAAACACCGAAACAACAACACCCAAAGUACAGGAAAAUAAGAGGACAUCUAUUCCCCCUAUGGCAUAUUCAUCCCCACUGAAACUCAAUCCGUAUACUGCGGAUGAAAAGGCAACUCUGUGGGACAAAAUAAAACGUAAAGGGCCUCCUACGGAAGAGUCUCCAACAUAUACCAGCUCCAACCCAAUAAUAGAAGAAGGUAGGGAAUCGUCUACCCCUUCGCCAAAUACUGUGCAAAUUUCUGAAGAUAUGUAUCCUAAGAAAGCUUCAAAUUCUACGGCACUAUUUAUUUUGAUUACAAAGGACAACUCUACAUUCAGUCCAUUCAACAUAAGGCCAUUUUUGCAAAAAGAUGUUCAUGAAUUUAAGCGUGCUCUAGCACUAGCAUUAGGAAUAACACAUCUUAAUUUCACAGUUCAUCUUACAGAUUUUGGAGCAGAAUAUGGAAGCAAAAUUCCAGAUAAUCUGCUUGAGAUGCUUCAAAAAGUCUCAUUUCAUAACGUGCCAAAGAAACUCUAUAUCAAGGACAUGGAAAAGAUUGUACCUACCAGGGCUAGAACGGAAACCCUCAAUAGUCAACAUUCUGUGGCUGCCAGCUCCAUUAGCAAAUCUUCGGUGAAAUCAGGUGCUAGUAAUACAAGUACCGGUGAAGGUUCUUCUUCAGAUCUAACAUCAAUAGACGACCAGAGUUCGUCUCAUCGUAGGACAUAUCCUCAUACCCCAAGUCAUUACUACGAUAACAACGCCUCGUCAGAGGCAGAUUAUUGGUCUUUCAAAGAUGCAACCCCAGAACUCGCACCUGAUCCUGUUCCUGCUAUUUUGCCAAAGAGUAGACCCAGCAUUAAGCUUAACAGUGCUGCAGUAAAUACAAGUAGCUCUCAAAAGAGUACGUUUCGGAUUAUUCGUAAAGCAAGUGAUACUGAUAUUGAUUUCAAUAAACGACGUGAAUCCCCCUAUGCUAGAGUACCAGAAUUAGCACCUAAAAGAAAAGCACCAAAGCCUCCUAUUAGUUCAAGUACCUCUACAGUCAAUAUACCUACAACCACUAAUGAACAAUCACCACAGACUGAGAUUCCUUCUACGACAAAACUAGAACUGAAUUCAGAUAGCUUGAAACUGAAGAAAAAGCAAAGACCACCUCCCCCAAUAACAACAUAUUUGAACACAAGACUUUCAGUUUCAUCAUCAUCAUCUAAAGAUCAAGAAGAUUUAAAAGUGUCGCCUGUACAACCUUUUACUCCAGCUUCAACUCAAGUUAUGAUUCCUCAACCAUAUAAGGGUGCCCUUGAAACAUUAAAAACUCGGAAAUCGAGUUCGGACUUAGCUGUGAGACCCAGAAUGUCGAUGAAACGCUUUAGCAGAUCGAAUUCAUCUGUUAAUAGAAAUGUACUUUCAUCUUCUCGCCAGUCCAUUAACCGUACCAACUCAAAGACAUUAAUCAAUUCAUCUACAGCAGCCGAUGUCUUUGAUGAAAAUGAGAUAUCAUUUGCAGAUGCACCAGGACUAUCAGAUUCAGACGAUCAUUCGAUGUCCUCAGACGAAAUUAUAUGGUCGAAAAAUGAGAAAUCUUCGCCUAAAAACGAUGUGCCAGAAUUCAGUUUCAAUGGUGAGGAGUCUGUUGAUAUGGUUGGUUCCGAUACAACGCAAGUUUCAACUGGUGAAAACACAAAUACUCUAACUCCAAAAAAGAUGGCUUUGAGACCUUCGCCGGAUGUCGUUUAUCAAAAUUUGGAGAAGUUUUUCCCAGAUGCAGAUUUAGAUAAUCCUAUUCUCGAAGGAUUAACACCCCCUUCAUCGCCUAAUGUAGAGAAAUCACCUUCAAAUUCAAAAGAGUUUGGUGUAGCGAAAGCUAAACAGGAACAAAAUCCACCAUUUCUUUCAACUAGAGAAGAUAGCUCGCAAUUUUUAACACCUGUGUCAACACUGAAACCACCCAGAAGAACCAAAACCAUCAGAAUAAUUGCCCAGGAGGCUAGUGAAGCGAGGAAAAAUGAUGUCUCAAUGAAAUUGAAGAGAAAGAACACUAAAAUGUGGGGUACUAAAGUAGUUGAAAUUACAGACAAAAGAACCAUUUCUAUUAAUAAGGCCCGAAAUUCUAAAGGCGAAUAUAAAGAAUUCGCAUGGAUUAAGGGUGAAAUUAUUGGCAAAGGUUCUUUUGGCGCAGUUUACUUGGCUUUGAAUGUCACUACUGGAGAAAUGAUGGCUGUGAAACAAGUCACUGUCCCCCAAUUCAGUUCACAAGAUGAAUCAGUUAUUAGCAUGGUUGAAGCUCUAAAAUCAGAAGUGUCAACAUUGAAAGAUUUAAAUCAUCUCAACAUUGUACAGUACCUCGGUUUUGAAGAAAAGGAAGGGAUCUACAGUUUAUUUUUGGAAUAUGUUGCCGGUGGCUCUGUCGGCUCUCUUAUUAGGAUGUAUGGAAGGUUCGAUGAUCAAUUAAUAAGACAUCUUACCGUUCAAGUAUUAAGAGGUUUAGCUUAUUUGCAUUCAACAGGGAUUCUUCAUCGAGAUAUGAAGGCAGACAAUCUAUUACUAGAUAACGAUGGAGUCUGCAAGAUUAGUGAUUUUGGUAUUUCUCGGAAAUCUAACAAUAUCUAUUCGAAUUCAGAUAUGACAAUGAGAGGUACAGUUUUUUGGAUGGCGCCAGAGAUGGUGGAUACUGCCCAUGGAUACAGUGCUAAAGUAGAUAUAUGGUCUCUCGGAUGUGUUGUAUUGGAAAUGUAUGCUGGUAAGAGACCGUGGUCAAAUUUCGAAGUUGUUGCUGCUAUGUUCCAGAUAGGGAAAUCUAAGACUGCGCCUCCUAUACCUGACGAUACAAAAGACUUAAUAUCAGCAAGUGGUAAAAACUUUUUAGACAUGUGUUUCGAAAUAAACCCGGAGAAAAGACCUACCGCUGAUUUCUUAGUGAGUCACCCCUUCUGUAAAACAGAUCCGUCAUUCGAUUUUUCUAAAACUAAACUAGCCCAAUUCAUCAGGUCAAAUGAUAAACUAAACAACAGUAAGUUACGUAUCAGCUCACAAGAGUUAUGA